CUUAUUAGUGUCCUUUUUUAUAUAUGCAGUAGUGUGCUUUAAUUUUGCAUGGAGGACUAUAAACUACUCCCAUCCUACUAAAAUGUCUAAAAUAGAGUUGUUGAGAGAGUUUCUUAACCAGAAAUUAACAGCGGCUGCAGAGGAGAUAUUUGGGGUCGUUGAAAAAACGAUAGCAGAGUACCAGGUAGAGGUUUUCCGUGCGAAAGAGGAUAACGAACGUCUUCGUGGGCUUUUGAUGAUACAUAGAGGAGAAUCAGACUGCCAGCCGCCGGCCGAGGCUACUAUCACGUUGGUGCGGGUUCCCCCCGAGCAGCAACAGCAGUUAUUUACACCAGCGUGGGUCCCCAGCCUAGAGCAUGAGGGCCAAGACUCCACUGUGUUGCAGUGUAAAGAAGAAGAAGAUACCCACUGGAUCAGUGAGGUGGAAGAGCACAUUCAAAGACUGCAGUCUGAUUCCAAAGAAGGCCCAGACCAAGUAUCCACUCCUGAAGAUUUCACAUUACAAGUGGAGACAGAAGGGCCUGCAAAUGAGGCCUUCAAACUAAAAGUAAUCAUCAGUGACAGAAGAACUGAAAAAGUGAUUCUGCCAUCUCAACCUGACUCUCUGAAUGAGCUGAUAUCAAUGCUUAAGGACAAACUGGACCUGAAAUUUGAUUUCCGUCUUCUUUAUGAAGACCCUGAUUUCAGCAAUGAGCUUUUCAACUUAGAGGCCAUUGAAGAUUUGCCUUUUCCUAGGGCUACAGUGAAAGUUGUGCGAAUACAACUUGAUACAGACCUUAGUUCAGCUGGACCAUCAGCCUCUGAGUUACGGGAUGCCCCACCAGAAAGGCUGGGCAGGUGGCCAGAGUUAUUCACCAUACCUACAUUUUCCAUGGAGGUAGAGUUUGCUCUGAGAGAAGGCAAUAACACGUAUCUGAGACAUGGAUCUGUGCUGAAAAUAACGAGGGACCAAAAACACAACAUUUUGGAUAGGAUGGCAUGGACCAUCUACAAUUUCAAAGCUUACCCAAAUGAUAAGCAGUUUGCCAAGGCAGCCGAGGCCCUUGUAAACAAGCAUCCGUGUUUGAAAGAGCCUGGUUCGAGAACUGGCUGUGAGGGAUGGAAAAACAGCCUGAAAUUCAAAAUGGGGAACUACAGGCAGAAGUUGCGCCGUGUUGGGUUCCCAGAGGUUGCUGUGAAUGGGGGUAAGAGGAGCAAGCAUCGUCCUAACAGUGAGCCGGCUCGGAGCAACAUCAAACGAGCCCGUCGGGCAGAGGUGAACUUCCUGCCUAACUUCCCUCAAGGAGAAAAUGAGGCCAGCCUAGAGAGACAGAGACUGGAGAUGGUCCAUGAAAUGACAAAGGAAACCAGAGACUUGCCUCACAUAAAUCAAAAUAUGCACAAUACAUUUGCCCUCAGACGUCAGGAAAUUGUGAAAUCCAGUCCCCCAGUAGAGCAUCUCCAGACACGCUGGCCAGCGCUCUUCCUUGAAGACCAGGUACAUGCAGAGUUUCAGAGAAUCACUAACCAGAGCCUGCAACAGACAUUCUAUGAUGCCCUGGACCAGCACACACCACGCCUGCUGACCCUGUUCCGAGAGAAAGAGGGGAAGUCAGCCACCCAUGGAGGGAAGUUCUCAAGCCUCCUGAGAGUGUACAAAGAGAAGGGAGUAAAGAACAUCACAGUGGCCCGUUCUGCAGUCCUGGCUGGUCUCCCUUUGUUGUUACGUGAAGAUACGUCAGAGGUCUUCAAAAUCUGCAAGGUUGGAGAACUCGGAAACCCUGGGGUCCUGGAUGGUGUUUCUAUUCUCUCUGUGGUGGGACAAUGCAGUGAGAUGGUGGCAGGUGGUGUGCCCAUCAGACCCGCCCAUGUCUCCGUCGUCCUUGAGGACAAGAUCGUCAUGACAAACUCCCCCUCCUGGCCAGACGCUGUAGUAGUUCUGUUUGGUCUCCUCUACUGUCUACAUCUGAACUAUCCCAAGGCCCUGGCCAGCACCUUUGAGUUCAUGCAGAAAGUCUUCCUGAACCUGGAUGAUGAAAAGCUGAAGCCCAAGCUGCUAGCACUGAAAAAUGAACUGUUGGCCUAGAUCUGUAGUGAUUAACUGAAAUCAUACUUUUUGUCCGCCUGUGCUAAAUUGUUUAGAAUUCCUAAAUUUGAAAUGAUCUUUUCUGUGAAGGAAACUGAUUUGUAACCCUGAACACUAACUUGCCUUUUAGAGCUACAAUACACUCCAGUUUUAUACCUUCUUUAUUCAGUUGCAGACCCUGUAUGUGUUCUUCUAGAUUUCACCUCGACAGACAUUCCAACUGUCACAAAAUAAACGUUGAAAUGUUUUUUAC